AUGUCGGAAUCGCGUCCCUCCGAAUCCCUUGGCCGCAUCAUGUCUCAUGGUCGCGGAGGUGCAGGUAACAUCGCCAAACCGCGUCGCGAAAGCUUCACCACCCCCGAAGACCUCGUCACUCCGACCCUCAAGUCGGACCACUACACCACUGGCCGCGGCGGCACCGGUAACAUUGCCAAGAACGAUCCGCAACGUCCCGAAGUCGCGAGAGCCGCUCAAGACGUGGAAGCUCCAGUGCAGCGCGAGCCGGAGGGGGUGUUCCAUUACGGACGGGGCGGUGCGGCGAACGUGACGAAGCCGAGCGAGGAACAGCGACGGUCGCGGGAGGCUAAGAGGGAGAAGAGCCCUGAGGAAGGCAAGGGCUUGAUGGAGAAGGGGAAGGAGUUCUUUGGGAAGCUUGGGAAGAAGUGA